GCACCUUCUCCUGUCCUUCUAACCCUAGCCGCCAAGCCCACCAGCCACCGCUAGCUGCUGCCGUUCUCCACUCUCCACGGACCAUGGCUCCACGGCCAGCCGCCAACCACCAGGCCACGGCCGAGCAGGCCGCCAAGCACCUAGGCCGGCCGAGCGGUGCGCCGAGCGCCCGAGCACCCAGGCCACCGCCCGCCGCACCAGAGCGGCCAACGGGGCACCGAGCCGAGCAGAGUUUCAACAGUGUUCCUGACCGUGUGUUCUUGAUCCAGGUGGCUGCCAGCAAGACGAAGAUCUACAUGGUGCUUGAGCUCGUCAACGGCGGCGAGCUGCUGGACAGGAUUGCGGCCAGUGAGGGAAAGCUCCCGGAGCAGGAGGCGGCCAAACAGCUCCCCAGGUGCUAAUUCCUUAUGCCGAAUGCCUGCAGGUUCUGCAGAACAGAGGGUACGACGGCUGAAAUACACACAAUUUAGUUGAAUUUAAGUUAUGCCUAGUGUGCUAUGGCCACUAGUUUGAAUUUAAGUUAGAUUUAAAGGUUACACACAAUUUACUAGUUUUAUUAUCUGAAUGGUUGAAUUGGUCUCCUACUACUGUAAAUAAUGACAGCUGAAAUACAUCAUGUCUCUACCACUUU